AUGGCACUAGCACUCAAAGUUUUGCUCCUAACCGCCACAGUUGCAACACACAUCGCAGUAAGUGACGCUAAACUCUCAGAAAUGGAGUCAUUUCGCCAGAUACUGGGCGCUCUGUCGCGCCAGGUUAUGAUGCAACAAAUGUUCGUUGAAGAACGUAUCCGAUCUGAUGGCGACUCUGGGGUGAAACAAGUACGCGUUAGCAGAAGUGGGUCCCGAAACUACUUCUCAGAAGCACAUGGUGACGCUGGAAGACUCUUAGCCAUUCAUGAGCACGCCAAUAACGUUCGCACUGUUGGGCUCGGAGAAUUCAUUGCAGUUCUCAAUGGAGUGGAAUUCAGGACCAGGCACAACGACUUCCGAACCUUCAUGCCUAGCAGAACCAGUAAAGAAUAUCACAAAACAGAGCCGAUUCCAUUUCCAGACGUCCCGCCAGCGGUGAAAAACAAACCCACUGUGGACGAGCAGAUAGCUGAGAUGCGCGAAUGGUUCAAGGCCUGGAAAGAUCAAGAUCAUAGCGUAAGAGAUUACAGAAAGUAUUUCAAGCCAAUACUCUGCUACUUAGAAGGCGCAUGGACCACAGCAACAAAGGACAUCGAUGAGCCGUUCGAUAGUGACAGGCACUUUAUCGAUGCAAAAACCUGGUUCGAACUGCAAGAGAAAGUCCGAUUUACUUCUUACACUGGAAGGAAAGACAACCUUGAGAACUUUUCCUUCCUGCCCACGACAAUCAUUGACAUCAUCAACGGAACACUUCCAGUCUUUGCGCAGUGGAAUUACCGUAUUCUAUGCCAUCCAAUCAGCCGCGACAUUCCGUUGAACAGGUUCCGUUUAGUUGACGAGUUCCAUGCAAGGCUUCCCCUGCAAAGGGUGUACUACGAGCAGAAAUAUAGCAGAGCUGCAAGAUUCCAACUUAACCCUAAAGACUCCGACGAGUGGUCCGACGAGAGUUUCAACAGACCGCAGUAUACGCUGUUAGAUGAGAUAAUGAGUGAGAUUCCUGGAAAAGACAACUAUCCCGGUAAUCUGACUGAUGAAGCCUUUGACCUGCCUGCCCACUCCAUGGACCCUGACAAAAAGGGAAAGCUGAACUCCGCUUACUAUCAUCGCUGGUUCAGGGUAAUGGAGAAAGACGCAAUGGGUCAAUCCAUGAGGCGUCGAGGCUAUUCCGAUGAAAACCUGUUUGUGGCUAUGACCACUCAAAGUAAAGUGGCAGGAAUGAAUGUAAGAAGCUGCAAGCGUUCAAAGGGGAAACCGAAAAACUACAGGACGGUGCAUCAGAAGGUGACAUACGCCUUUCCUCUUGAAAUAAUCUACCUGACGCCCCUAAACCGCUGGAACCCAUUUGAUAUCGAGGAUAAAGGGGAUGAGAGAACGCCCUACGGAAAAACUGUUUUUCAAGAUGGUCGCAACGGAGGUACAACCCCCGAGAAGGCUUACAAUGGGGUAAACAGCAAAAAAUACUACUUGACGCCAUCAGCCUUUUUCUCGGGGAAAGAAGUGGCCACGGACGCCGCAGACACCGCCAGAAGCAGCGUUGGAGUUUUGGAUAAGAAGGGCAACGUCAGAAUCACUCGAGCCAGCGGAACUCGCAUCUUUCUGCCUCCCAUAAGUGGAGUGGGAGUCUUGCGACAGCGGUAUCCCAUAAUGCCCGUGCACGGAGAAGGAAGUGCUGUCUGGAAGGAACUAGAGGCAACCAAAGACGUCUUGAUGAAGUCCAAAACGUACAGCUAUUUCUACAGGGAACCCUUGGCAGGAGGAUCAGGUGUUAUUCCAACGCAACGUCCCAGUAAACCCCUGACGCUCAAGAUGGAGGACGCCACCAAGACUCCUCCAGGAGCUCACAGUCAUGAGAUCACAUUGACACCGGAGGAGGCAGAACGUGCGAGGAGAGGGGUCAUCAUUAAGAUGCUUCUCACAUCAACUGGGGCGGGUCACCAGCACAACGUUGAUGUGGUUUACAAGAAGAACAAAUGGCGUAUCACUCACUGUGAUGAUUACGACAAAGGAAAACAUCGAUGCCGUGAUGGACACGGAAUGUGGUUGUCAGAGGUGUCUAAUGUUUAG